AUGUCCAGCGUUGAAAGAGAACUAAUGUUCAAGGAAUACAAUGAUAUCUUAGAUAAUCUGAAGGCAAUGUUUCUGGAGAAGUGGAAGAAGAAAACGGAGGAUAACGCAAAAUUGGAGGACUUUGAACGUUUCAGAACCGUCGGCACUGGUGCCUUUGGCCGCGUUCUCCUCGUCAGAUAUAAACCAACAUCCUUGUAUUACGCUAUGAAGAUCCUCGAUAAAGGGAAACUCGUGAAGAUGAAGCAAGUGGAUCACACGCGUAACGAGAAGCGAAUCCUGCAAUGCAUCAAUUUUCCUUUUUUGGUUUUUAUGGAGUUCUGUUUCAAGGACAACUCUUAUAUAUAUAUGGUAUUGCCGUUCGCGCAGGGCGGCGAAAUGUUCACCCAUCUCAGGCGUAUGGGGAAGUUCGAUGAGUCAUUGGCGAAAUUCUAUGCUGCUCAAGUGGUCUUGGCCUUGGAGUAUCUGCAUCACUGUAGCCUAGUUUACCGAGAUUUGAAGCCGGAGAAUAUUUUGAUAGAAACUACCGGUUACAUCAGGAUAACCGAUUUCGGUUUCUGCAAGAUGGUAGAUGGUCGCACGUGGACUUUGUGCGGCACGCCGGAAUAUUUGGCGCCGGAGAUAAUUCUGUCAAAGGGUUACGGUAAGGCUGUCGAUUGGUGGAGCUUUGGCGUGCUGGUUUACGAGAUGAACGCGGGAUACCAGCCAUUUUAUGCGCCUGAUCCCAUGAAACUUUACAAGAAAAUUGUAGCAGGUAAAUUCAAGUUUGCUCAUCACUUUGGCGAGAACCUAAGAGACAUAUUGAAGUGCACUCUGCGAGUGGAUCUGACAAGAAGAUACGGCAAUUUAAAAGAUGGUUCUAUGGACAUUAAGAAACACCAAUGGUUCCAGUCCAUUAAUUGGCUCGAAAUCUAUAAUCAAAAAGUGCAACCGAGCUUUAUUCCUCAGUGCACUAAUCAAAAUGGUGAUACAAGCAAUUUUGAUCGUUACGAUGAAGAACCGCUUCUGAUCGCCAGUUUUGAUCAUUAUGGGAAGGAAUUUGUAAAUUUUUAG